AGAAAUACAAACCUGUUGUAGGAGAGCCUUGACUCAACAAGUGCUCAGCAGGCAGCAGAGCGCGCGCGCGCGAGAGAGAGGGUGAGAGAGGGCCACAGAAGUGAUGGACCACUCAAAGCAGACUGAGUUCACUUUGACCGACAAAAAAGACACGGGGGACGCCACUUUGGUGAUCAACGGACACUUUGACGGAGUGGUCAAAAGACCCCCUGCUGCUCUCCAGGGUCCUGCUGCCGAGUCGGGGUCGCACCGGUCGGCGCCAUCGGUGACGGAGAGCUGGAAAGAAGAGCACACCAGGAGCGUGGAGGACAACGAGGUUAGCCUGCCGUCGCUGGCCGAAGCCUACACUACAAUUUUACGUGGGCUUGGAGAAGACCCACAUCGGCAGGGGCUCGCCAAAACUCCCUGGAGAGCCGCAACCGCCAUGCAGUUCUUCACCAAGGGCUACCAGGAGACUAUCAUCGACGUGCUGAACGACGCUAUCUUUGAUGAAGAUCACGACGAGAUGGUGAUCGUCAAAGACAUUGAUGUGUUCUCCAUGUGCGAACAUCACCUGGUGCCCAUCAUCGGCAGGGUUCACAUUGGUUACCUCCCCAACAAGCGAGUUUUGGGUCUCAGCAAACUAGCCAGGAUCGUGGAGAUCUACAGCCGCAGACUACAAGUUCAGGAGAGGUUGACUAAGCAAAUUGCUGUGGCCAUCACUGAAGCUCUGCACCCCACCGGGGUUGGCGUUAUCAUCGAAGCUACUCACAUGUGCAUGGUGAUGCGAGGCGUCCAAAAGAUGAACAGCAAGACCAUCACCAGCACCAUGUUGGGAGUCUUCCGGGAAGACCCCAAAACUCGUGACGAGUUUCUGACGCUGGUCAGGAGCUAAAUUUCCUCCUCCGCGUGUUGCUGGGGCUUACACGGACCAGCUUGUGUGCACUUGUGUGUGUGUGUGUGUGUGUGUGUGUGUUUCAUGUUAACAGAGAAAGUAAAACAUUCCACUCUUCAGACAUAUUCCACGUCAGAGGCUUUAGUCUGAGUAAUCCACAAGAAAAUAUUUUAAUGUUUUUAAGUGUUAAUAGAAAAACGAAGUAUGUAUACGCAAGGUGAAAAUACAAUAUGACUAUGAAUACCUCACAGUAUAAUUUGUAUGAUCACAGUCCAUCCAUUUUCUAUAGCGCUUGUCCCUCAGAGCUGGAGCAGAGAGGCGGGGUGCACCCUGGACUGGUUGCCAGCCAUGUGCACCUUCUCCGGUUAGUCCAGCCCGCAUGGUGAAAACAAAUGUUGUUUGUCUCUUUGUGCACUGCAAUUCGACGGUGACCAUUCCUGGUGCACCUCACUUUAAAGUCUGCUUCGACACAGUGUGAAUCCUAACCAUCACAAGGUCAGUAUAGAAAACGGAUGGACAGAUGAUCCUCCUGGGACAGUGCGUCUGUUCACAUUUCAAAAAACAUGAAUGUUCAAUGAAUUGAAGACGCUUAAGUGCCCACAAGUGUGAAUGGUCAGUCAGCUGGGACAGACUCAAGCUCCACUGAAAAUAGAUUGGUGAUAAUCAGAGACAUUACUCUGAAAUGUUUUAAAAUAUUGAAAGGUACUAUAUGUAUUCUGAUGAUUAUUUUUAUUCUCUUAUGGAAGGAUCUGUCUUUAUGUGCCAACUCGGCUCAAUCGCUGAUUGUGACAUUAGAUCACAAUCCAGUCAACGUGUGUGUCUGUGUUCCUGUGACAGCACGUGUCUAUGUUGUCCUGUGCGUUGGUAAAAGUUGAAUUGUCUGUUCGUGAACGUGGCUUGUGGCUGUUGGGUGUCUGCAGUUGUCUCAUUUUUGUGUGGCCUUGCUAAGAGGGAAGGAAGGCCAGUUCUAUGGCUCCUUCUCUAUUAUUGUCAUUUCAUGUUUAUUUCGAUUUCUUAAUCAAAAAUAAUACAGUCCUGUAACAACAGGAAGAAGUUCUUGUUUUUCCCCUUAGGCUCAUGUGAUGUUGUGAGAUUGUCUUUGAAGCCAAUGAGGUCACUACAAAUGCACAGCAGUAAACAAACAUUUGUUUAUUCGGUGUAAUAAAACAAAUCGUAUCUGUCUUGAAA